CUCGAAACUUUAGUAGAGUGCAGCAAUGCUCAAAGAAAGUCAUUGUCAACUUCGAAUGAAAAUCUUAUUGCACCACCCAGUUUGCAGGCCUACUCGUUUGCGGGAAAUAUUUUCUGGUCAAUAUAUAAUCAUGAUAUCAUUAUGGCUGAUAUCCAGCUGAGAGAAGAUUUACUGUAAAGGAAUAACAAACCAAAGGCGAAGAAAUCACUGUCGGUUACAUUUGAAGUCUAUCAGGGAUAAACAGCCUAAAAUGCCUGGAUAAAGCUUGGGUCGAUGCAGUUUCAUGAAGACUAAUCCUUUACAAUUGGUCGGUGUAAAUACAAUUUAGCUGCUGGCAAGUUUUACUUUUGAAAACCGCAGAGGAAUUUACCACACCAUUGUUUUAAUUGAACGACUUAAAAAGUCCAGCAACAAAUCUUGUCCAGCAAUAAACGAACGGCCUAACAAGUUCAUUACUAACGCUGUUAUAAUGCUCAUCUUUGAGUGGGAUUUAUUGUCGCGAUUGACGGCUCUGCUCGUCACUUCGUUCAUACUGGCUGCUGCAAGAUCCGAGGGCAAUUGGUUGCGGAGGAGAAUACCGAUUUCUGUUCGCUCACCCGAGUAUAUUCGUCUAGGUUCAGACCCACAUGUCUUAGAACAUGAAAGAAUCGUUGCCAGGAGCAAAGGUGUCAAUAUUUGCGUAAAGAGAAUAAAGAAGACCGAAAACCACGCAACGUUGUGCUCUUUGAAUCCACGAAAAUGUCCAAGGUUGGACAAAUUCAAACAUGCUGCUGCCAUGCUACCUCUGUUCUACACAAAAUACGAAUGUUGUCCCGGAUACGAGGCUGUAAAAUACAUGAAAGGAUGUCCCAAGGAUAAAUUCUCCUCUAAAUAUAACAUAAUCCAGGUAGCCAAGCAGCUUGGUCUUUCAAUAUUUGUAUACCUGAUAAGGAAGACGAUGUUGUAUUCAACACUUCGUUACUGGCGACCUUUGACAGUUCUCAUCCCGACGAAUGAAGUAUUUGCGAACUUCUUAGAAACUAAGAAAGGAGCACGUAUACUGAAAAAUGAGUAUUCGUUGCGAAUACUACUGGCAAUGCACGUUUUUGGUGGAAAAUGGCCCACUGUUUUGUUGAGGAAGAGGCGCAAAAUAGAGAGCUUUUUGCCUGGAGAAGCACGUGUGGCUAAUAUCCUCGUUUACGGGAAGCAAUUAUUAAUUCAAAACACACUCGUCAAACAGAAGGAUCUGCCUGCGUCCAACGGAAUUAUUCACGUGGUUGACUCUAUAAUCCAGCCUUCUCUUGGAACUGUACAGAGCGUACUGAGGCGACAUAAAGGUGUGAGCAUAUUCAAGAAGGGACUUGAAUCGGUUAACUUUGAAAUCAGUGGUCACGGCACCAUUUUCAUACCUAGUAAUGAUGCAUUUAAACGAGCAGGUAUUACUACGCAAAAAGCGUUGCAGCAGCAUUUCAAAUGCCUAAAGGAGUUCCUAGUUACACAUUUGGUGCCUGGGAUAUUUUUUCCUGUCAUUCUUAAACUAAGGCCUCGUAUUUUCGUAAGAAACCUCGCUAAAAGUCGAUUGAAUCUGUUAUACGAAAGACGGAAGUUCUAUAUCAACAAGCUUUUGGUCAAAGCAAAAUAUUUUGCUGCAACAAAUGGUGUAAUAUUUGUUAUAGAUCAGCUCUUGGUUACUCCUAGAGCCUUGCACAUUCACAAAGUUCUGCAGAAAUUCCCGUCUGUUUCUUGGGUUGCAAAAAUGAUGAAUCAAACAGAUUUCGAAAGCAAAUUUCUCCUGGGAAAUCAAACCUAUACCCUCUUUCUUCCUUCAAAUUUUGCCGUAAAGCAAAUGGGUAGAAAGCAGCUAGAAGGCAUUGCGCGAGAUGAGUCAACUGUUGGAUUUUUAAUGGAUCAUGUUGCAGAUAAAAAGUACCUAACGCAGAUACUAGCAAAUGACAUGACAAUGUAUUCCUUGAAGAACCAACCUAUCAGAGUCAAUAAACGUUAUAUUUCUGAGUUCUGUAUCCAAGGAUCAAAAAUGAGCCUCAGAUUGCGAAAUAUCGAGGCAUGCAACGCUGCAAUUCACGUUAUCAACUCUCAGCCAAUCAGGCAUUCUAAGAAGUCGAUUCUGGACAUCAUAACAAGCGACUCUAGGUUGUUGUUGCUAUCAAUGGCACUAAAUUUCACAAACCUAAAAAGGACUCUCGAUAGUAAAUCUCCUAUCACCUUCUUUGCUCCAUCGAAUGAGGCUUGGCAAAAGCUGGAUAACAAAACGUUGGUUGACUAUUUUGGAAAUGAACAACAUCUCACAGAUGUAUUGGAGUACCAUAUUAUAUUUGGAACCUUUUAUUCCUGCAAUCUGUCUAGAAGAAAGUCUUCGCCAUUUUCAAUUGCUGGACGACGUGUGAGGCUUUCGUUGAAAAACUAUUACUCGGAUAGAAUAGUAUUCAACUAUGCAGAAACUAUAGCGUCUAAUAUUGUUGCGAAAAAUGGCGUCGUUCACAUUGUUGAUAACGUCGUUCAGUAUUUGUACAAACGAAAAUAUUUUGGAUAAGUAAAAAAUUGUGUAUGUAUAUGUCUACAGUAAUAUAAACUUUUCUAAAAAGGUUUUCUUAGUGGAGUUAAGCUUUAAAGCCAAGAUACUGCAACAGGAAGGAAAUCAUAAAGACCAACCGUGAAUAUUAACGCUCAGUUAAUGGCAGUUGUGAAAUCUUGCUUUCGUAAAAUUAUUCGUAAUCAGGGGCUUUUGGUAAAUGGUACAUACUUUUGCAGACUAGCUAGUAUAAUGUAAGAUAUUCGUUGUAAGGGUGUCCCAUCUUCUUAAACCAAUGCAUAACACCUAUACUCGUGCAAAUUAGUGGGAGAAACAAUUUUGCAUGCUUCUUAUCCCUGAUUGAUUGUUGUCUAUCAAAGCAGCGCUGCUUUCUAAAAAAGCAAGGAGAAUGAGCUUGCCCACUCAUUAAUAUAAUAGGUACAUAUAUAUAUGUAUGUAAGUGUAGUGGGGAUAUGUAAAUAACUGGCUUUAGCUUUAUGAUAACUUAUAAUCAUCAAAGUUUGUUUAUUUUAUUUGAGAAAGAUAUUUAGAAAUCAGUAAUGAUGAGAAAAAUUUUUGGCUUCUUAUUUAUCAGUUUAUAUUGAACAGAAAAAUGAUGUCUCCUUUUUACGGUGACAUUGUAGCCUUAGGUCAGUUGAUGUAUUCCUAAGAUUCCUAGAAUUUAACUUGGAUUUCUCUUUGAAAAGAUCACACAUGUAUUGUGGAGCCAGUCCAUGAAUCGAUUUGAAGACCAUGAUAUUUGACUCACUAGCGAUUAGCUCGUCUAUGGUCAUCCAGCCCAGCUCCUUUACGAGUGGUUGGCUCGGUGCAUCAAAACUUUUGCCAGAUACAUUACGAGCAACCAGUUUUGUAGUUUUUGUAAGCAUUUGAUUUUGGUAAGACCACAACAGCCUCACACCGAACAACAAUAGUGAAAGUGUGGCUACACAAUACUUGUGUACAUAGUCUUCAGAGUUUCUUUUGGCAGAAAGGAUUUUGCAUGCUUCAAAAAGCCAAUUCCUCUGGAGACCUUGGAACAAAUUGUUUUAGUGUGUUCCUUCCAAUCUAAUGUGUUAUCGAUUUGUAUUCCAAGAUAUUUGGUUUUUUGAACAACAUCCAGCUCAUUUCUCUGAAUUUUUAGCUUUAAAGUUUCGUCUGAUCCAAGAGUACCGUUCUAAAAAUUGAUGAAGGGGGUGCUGAGCUGUAAGGAACUUCUAUAAGUCACACCUAAGAUCAUAUUCAUGACCACACCUCACAAACUUGCAUUCGUCUUCAGCGUUUUCUGUUUUGUAUAUGAAAUCAUUUAAACUAUUUACCGACUCUAAAAGGCUAAUAGAAAUUGCAUUAAUUGGAAAAUAGCAUAAUAAAGGGUUUGUUCACAUUGCCAAGUGAGGCCCAACAUUAUUUCAUAUUUCAUGAUGAUAUCCUGCCAUUAUUUCAAUGAUAUCUUGCCAGCAAAGUAUUUCGAAAUUGUCAAAUGUUCCAUUACUGUUUCUAAAAUAUAGUUUUUUUAAGGUGCCAAGACAGGUUGGACCAACUCACAUACAAAAUGGACCGAGUCUUCGAAACCAAUAUUUGCAGAUAAAAACAUUGAAAAUGCACGAAGAAUAUGCUCAGAAAUAGCCAAAGAGUGAUAAUACUCGGGUGAGAAUAGGGAAAUCAUUCUCUUUAAAACUGUGGUGAUCAUUUGGUAAUUUUGAGAAGAUUCAGGGACACCGGAUGAAAUAUUAAUCUUUGUUUUGUUUCAAAGUAUUCUUUGAGAAACAACUAAACAAAUUCGAAACAUACAUGUACCAAAACUAAUUGUCAAAGUCUUUUGUGUGGAUGGUAGGUUACAACUGACAGCGGCCCACCGACAUGCCCGGGAGACACACUAUGCUAGAAGCAUUUUGAAUUUUAGGGUAUCUUCUUUGGCUUUACUGUCCGCCUAGAGCCAUAAUAAGCAGAAAAUUUUUGUAUUGGAUUCUUUAUACUAAAGUCAGACCGUUAU